AUGGAGGCCAGCGUGGUGAUGGUGGUGGUGGAGCCGGUGACCUUCAUGAGGCUGCGGAGCGGGCUGACAGCACAGAACAAAGCUGCCUUCUCGGGGCUGCGGCCCGCACUCCUCCUGCUGCCUGGCCUUCUCCAGGCCCUCCAGGCGUGUCCCUGCCCUGCCCUGGCCCCCCCUCACAUCCUGCCGGGGCAUAGCGCUGUUCUGCAGGCCUGGUCCCAGCAUGCAGACCUGGCUCCGGGCUUCCUCACGGACCCUGCGUGCCGGGCUGUCCUGAUUGAUUGGUCGGCCAGAGCCAGCUGGGCACGUGCGGCCAGCCUGGACACCCCAAGGGGCCACGUGCUCUCCCAGAGCCUGGGAUUAAGCACCGAGAAAGACGGGGGACCCCUGGGCUGGCCGGAGGGGGUGGGGCCCCAGGCUGCCUGUCUCCCCGCUGCCGUCCUGGGCCUGAAGUUGGAUCUGGAGCUGGAGAGCUUUGGCCUGGGAGCUGGGGGGCAGGCAGGGGAGAUGAUGGGACCCCAGGUCUCGGACUCUGGGCUAAGCCGUGGCUGGGGAGAGGCAAACGGCAGCCCCAAUGCCCAGCGGCUGGCGGACGCCAGGCAGUUACAGAGUGCAGAGGGCCCCCUGUGCGGCCUUCAAGGCCCCCUCCAGGCCCCGGUCCCUCCCGCCCAUCACCAGGGAGAUUAG